ACUUUCGUGGUUUUAUUUUUUUUUAGGAACCUGGUAGUAAUUUUAUGCCUCAAAAUAUGUAGAUGAACUUCCUUCCUCAGGGACUUUAUUGAGGGAGAUUUCAAAAGCUGUGGGUUGUUUUUUUUUAUUGCUGGAAAGGUUUUAAUUAACAUUCUGCUUUGCCUUAAGGGCUGAAGGGAGAUCAUGGCGGCCUCGUAUAAGCUGGAUGAUGGGCAGUGUUAUCCCACCAACUGCUUUCCUGCUAAAAGCCUUCUGCAGCCUCGAUACGAAGAAGGCGCCGGUCACUGGCAGGUGGCUCGUCAUAAUGUGGAGAAAAGCAAGGCCGAAUGGCUGCUUGGCACGGAAGCUGCCCAGCCGAGCUGGCAAGAGUGUUUGCGGAAAGCUCAGUGCCCCAGGCCCCACAAAGUCCUCAAUGGGGCCCUGCUGAUUAAGCUCCACCAUGUGCAGACACCUUCGGAUUUGUGCUCCGUGAAUAUCAGCCACCAGAACUUCGCCUUGGCAAGAGAGAGAGAUUUUAUGCAGUUCGAUUCCGUCGCUUACAUCAACGCCACCGAAAACCUGUUGUCUUUAGAAACUUUCCGCAACUUUCCUGGCCUUCGGGAGCUGGAACUUUCUCUGAAUGGUCUGAGGAAUCUUAAAAUCAGGAUUGGGGAUUUUCCUCACUUGGAA